AUGCCGAACACAAGCACUGCUACUAUAGCGGUGUACGCCACUACAUACAACAGCACUGGAUCCGUUCACUCUCCCUAUGUGUAUGGAAUUAUCACCUGUCUGUUAACCCUCCUUUGCAGCCUCUUUGGCCUGGUGGGGAAUGGGAAGGUCAUCUGGAUUCUCGCUUUCUGCCGUCUGAGCAAUCCUUUCACGACCUACAUCUUGAACUUGGGUGUCGCUGACUUUGGUACCCUUUUGAGUUUGUCUGCUAGAGCGAUUAUCUUGCUUAUUCCCUGGAAAUGUCAUCUUGUCAAUGAUUUGGUUUUUGCACUCAUUUUCUUCACCUAUAGCACAAGCUUGUAUUUUCUGACAGUCAUCAGCAUGGAGAGGUGCUUCUCUGUCAUGUUUCCAAUCUGGUACCGAUGUCACCGGCCAGAGAAGUCUUCUGCUGUGGUCUCCCUUCUCCUCUGGAUCAUCUCUGGUUUGCUUUCAGGAACACUAUGGGUGUUUGAUAACUAUUUGUCCACUGAAAGUCUACCUGAUGUGCUGGGCGUUAUUUUCACUCUCAACCUCCUGAUACUCACUCCUAUAAUGGUUGUUUCCACUCUGAUAAUGUCCAUCAAGAUCUGCUGUAGCACCCAGAGACGUCAGCCCCCCAGGCUCUACACCGCCAUUUUGGUCACACUCCUGUUCUUCAUAGUCUUUGCCAUUCCGUUGAGUGUAUCGUAUUUCAUCUUUUCCAGCUAUGGUUACUUCCUUGCUUCUGCCCUUCAAAGUUCAUACCUCUUUGCCUCUUUCAACAGCAGCAUUAACCCCGUCAUUUACUAUUUUGUCGGGAGAAACAGGAAAAAACGCAGAGAGUCCUUGAAGGUUGUGUUCAAAAGAGUGUUCAGGGAUGACGCCAUUUCUCCAGGUGGGACUUAG